AUGGCCAGCCCGGCGCUCAAUUCGCGCCGACCGCCGUCCGGGUAUAGCACGAACGUCGUCAUUCGCGCAAACCACAUCGAUUCGACCACGCCGGUGCGGUCCCGAGGUACGGAGAUGGGGACGAUGGGGCCUUUCAUUGGUCAGGACAGCCUGGGAAAGCAUGGAAUGCCAGGAAUGGAUACCGAGGACACGAAGAGAGGAAGGGGCCUUUCCCUCGGACGGGUGCCACUCGACGACGACGAGGACGACGACGACGGCUACGACAACGACGGCACGUCACAGAGGGACCCCUGGACUCUCCUCCAUCAGAUUCAGACUUGGACUGGGUAA